ACUGUGGGGGAAGACCGCAACGAGACCUAGGAAGCACGACGACAACAACACUCGUCCUCACACCGACUGCCACCGCGUCCAAAGAUGAUUGAUGAUCAAGAUCUGGGUUUCUUUGCCAAUUUUCUUGGCGUCUUCAUCUUUGUACUGGUCAUAGCGUAUCAUUUUGUCAUGGCUGACCCAAAGUUCGAAGGAAACUAGGAAUGUAGACUGAGGUGCUUUGCAAAUGGAAAUGAAUUUGAUGCAAUCAAGAACUGUAGUUUGGGAAUGUGAACGUUAAGCUUACUAAAACUUUCAUAAACAUCAAAGGAGCAUAACAUUUCAAUUUUCGCUAUACUUAUGCGUGCUCCCUUAAGUUAUGUUUUGCAGUUAAGGAACUUUCGUUGAUAGACUAAUGAAAACACUGAAUUUGCUUUAAGAUUAGAGGAUUUUGCAUGAUGAUGUCCUACGUGCAAGCAUGACAUAGCAAUAUAGUAUAGUUUGGUAUCUUCCUUAUUGA